AUGGAUUUAGAUACUGAUGUACCAAUGGAGGAUGUCAGUGAAGAUCAACCAAGCUAUCAACAAAAGACCACUAAAACCACCACACCAGAUUUACAAAAAGAAAACAUUGGAGAUUUAGAUCAAUGGAUUGAAAAAUUAAAAAACUGUGAACCAUUAUCAGAACGAGAUGUUAAGAAAUUAUGUGAUAUGGCAACUGAUGUAUUACAAUUGGAAGAAAACGUUCAACCUGUUCAAGUUCCUGUUACAAUCUGUGGAGAUGUCCAUGGACAAUUCCAUGAUUUAAUGGAAUUAUUCAAAAUUGGAGGUCCAUGUCCUGACACUAAUUAUUUGUUCAUGGGAGAUUAUGUUGAUAGAGGAUAUUAUUCAGUUGAAACUGUAUCAUUUUUAGUUUGUAUGAAAGUUAGAUAUCCUAAAAGAAUUACUAUUUUAAGAGGUAAUCAUGAAUCAAGACAAAUUACUCAAGUUUAUGGAUUUUAUGAUGAAUGUUUGAGGAAAUAUGGUAGUGCAUCAGUUUGGAAAUUAUUUACUGAUUUAUUUGAUUAUUUCCCCAUUACUGCAUUAGUUGAUAAUAAAAUCUUCUGUCUUCAUGGUGGUUUAUCACCAAUGAUUGAAACAAUUGAUCAAAUCAGAGAAUUAAAUAGAACUCAAGAAGUUCCUCAUGAAGGACCAAUGUGUGACUUAUUAUGGUCAGAUCCUGACGAUAGAGGUGGAUGGGGUAUUUCUCCAAGAGGUGCUGGUUUCACUUUUGGUCAAGAUAUUUCUGAACAAUUUAAUCAUACUAAUGAUUUAAGUUUAAUUGCAAGAGCUCAUCAAUUAGUUAUGGAAGGUUACGCUUGGACUCAUCAAGAAUCCGUAGUAACUAUAUUCUCAGCUCCUAAUUAUUGUUAUAGAUGUGGUAAUCAAGCUGCUAUAAUGGAAGUCGAUGAAUUGCAUAAUAGACAAUUCAUACAAUAUGAUCCUUCUGUUAGACCAGGUGAACCAACUGUUACCAGAAAAACCCCUGAUUAUUUCUUAUGA